AAACUAAUUCCGGCCACCAAACUUCUCCAAUUGUUCGCUUCCCGGAACUCAGUCAACACACUCACUAGAAUGUCCGCAUCCGGCGACUCAUUGCACGAACACGCCGCCGGACAGUGGUUCUCGGUGCCGGAGCUCCGGCUCCGAGAUCACCAUUUCACCGUCCCUCUCGAUUACAAAGACCCCGUUUCUUCCCCAAAGAUCUCCAUUUUUGCUCGAGAAGUCGUCGCUGUUGGAAAAGAAGAUCAAGCUCUACCAUACCUCCUGUACCUGGAAGGUGGACCUGGUGUCGCAUGUCCAAGACCAACCGAAGCCAGUGGAUGGUUACUCAAAGCUUGUGAGGAGUUCCGUGUUAUUUUAAUGGAUCAGAGAGGAACAGGGUUAUCAACUCCUUUGACAUUAUCAUCUACGCUGCAAAUAAAGUCUGCCAAGGAUUUGGCUGAUUAUGUGAAACAUUUUCGAGCUGACAAUAUAGUGAAUGAUGCUGAGUUUAUUCGAGUUCGCCUGGUUCCUGGCUCUGGACCCUGGACAGUUUUAGGCCAGAGCUAUGGAGGUUUUUGUUCAGUAACCUAUUUGAGUUUUGCACCACAAGGAUUGAAACAAGUGCUUCAAACAGGAGGAAUACCUUCAAUAGAAGAUGGAUGCAGUGCAGAUGCUGUUUGUGAAGCUUGCUUUGAGCAGGUCAUUCGUCAAAAUGAAAAGUAUUACGAGAGGUUUCCUCAGGAUAUUGAAAUUGUUCAUGAAGUUGUAAACUAUUUGGCAGAAUGUGAAGGGGGUGGGGUUCAUCUUCCAUCUGGGGGCAUCUUGACCCCAAGGGGGCUGCAACUUCUUGGUAUGCCCAGUUUAGGAGCUAGUGGAGGUUUUGAACGCUUGCAUUAUAUGUUUGAGAGGGUCUGGGAUCCUGUAAUAGUGCCUGGAGCACCUAAGCAAAUUAGUUACUACUUCUUGAAUGCUUUUGAGAUUUGGUUGGGUUUUGAUUUAAACCCACUCGGAGCUCUUCUUAAUGAGGCAAUUUACUGUCAGGGUGCUUCAUCUCGAUGGUCUGCUUACAGAGUGAGGGCUAAAUUUGGGGACAAGUUUGAUGCAAUCAAGGCUGCAAGCGAAGGACGCCCUGUACUUUUUACAGGGGAGAUGCUAUUCCCAUGGGUGUUCGACGAAAUUCAUGUUUUGAAGCGUUUUAAAGAUGCCGCUCAUUUACUGGCUGAGAAGGAAGACUGGCCUCCAUUAUAUGACAAAGCUUCAUUAAACAAUAACAAGGUACCUGUCGCAGCAGCUAUUUAUUUUGAGGAUAUGAAUGUUAAUUUCAGAGUGGCCAUGCGAACUGUUCCUGAGAUAGCCGGAAUUAGGACAUGGAUAACUAAUGAAUACGUGCAUGCCGGACUGAUUGAUUCCGGAGGACUGGUUUUCGAUUACUUGAUGGGACUGUUGAAGGGAAAAAAGCCAUUGUUCUGAUUUCCACUAGAAAGUAGAAACCAUUUUUCUCUCAUUUUAAGUCUAAUUUCUUGUAUCAUUUCCCCUAAAGAAUUAUGUAUUUGACCUCUUCUUCUUUCCUUUUUUUUUACUCAGUUAAACAUUGUCUCAACAUCUCUAAACAUCCGGAAAAAAAAAAUAUUUUUUUU